AUGUCGUUCCCUAAGAUAGAUGUACUGUUUUGCACCAAAUGCAAAUGGAACCUUAGAGCUGCGUGGUACGCUCAGGAGCUGUUGCAAACCUUCGAUGACAAGCUGGGCCAAGUGGCUCUUGUACCAGCAGAAACCGGGGAGUUCAAAAUUCUGGCUUACGAAACAAAGCAAGAUUAUAUCGAUGAUAAGGCAGUGACUCUGUGGGACAGGAAAGUAGAUGGAGGGUUUCCUGACAGCAAGUUUUUAAAACAAAGAGCGAAACAGUUGGUGUUUCGUGAUUCAGUGAAAGUAGGUGCCCACAUCGAACGAGUCACCGCGACACAAGGUUUGGUAUCGGAGGACAGUACGGCUAGAAAUGGUCAAUACAGCUCAGAUAAUUCAAAGCAAUGCACAGAAUGUCAAGAUAAUUGA